CUAUGACAACUAGUGUAGCCAUGUCAGCAAAUGACUGCUGUCUGAGCACGUAAAUCCGAUUUGAUCACUUGUAACUUGCUGUUUUGAUAGACAGUAUUCCAAAGCGGAUUUGAAAAACAAAACGGAUUUGAUCAUUAAGGCCUGCAGUGUGAACAAGGCUUUAAAGACGUCUUUUCAAUGUCAUUUUUCUUGGAAUUCUAUUUUAUUCUAUUCCAUUAUUUAGAUGGGAAAUCACAUCUGAUUAGGACCAUCCUGGGGUGCCUUGAUGUAUGAUGGUGGAGGAACCGGGAGCAGAGCGGCUCUCAAGCGAGGAGACAGACGCAUUCAUUUCAUAUUACUCAGAGGGGCGAAGCUUUGUGACGCGCAAGGGGCCAGAAUUGUGAAACUGUACCCGGGAGAGGCUAUGUACCCCCCAUCCUUGUUCCUGUGAAUUCCGAGAAGGAAGAACUAACGAAGGACUAACGAAGAACUAACAGAGUCAAUGACUUCAGUCUGUGUGGUUUCUUGGUUGAACAUCGGGUUCCUUAUGGCGCGCAACAUGUAGCCAGUAUCACUGUGAGAAUGGAAUACAUUACAUGAUGUUUAUUCAAGGUAACAAUCUAAUCUCUGAUCGCUUUAAUGAACUCGAUAUUUACAAGUAGGAUCAUCUGUGGAACGUUGAGAAUAGCCUACUGAUAUAUGAUAUGUCCGCGCAAGGGUUGCUGAGCAGCGUUUUCUCAUGCUCCUCGCCAACAUCCAAAACAAUGUCCAAACGGAGACUGAGACAGACUAGAAGUUUGGAUUCAACUUUGAUAAGACACUAUGGUACCGAAACGGAUGGGACAUCGGGUCAAACAGAUCAAAAGUCGCUUUACCUAAGUGGAAAUCAUGGUCGUUACCUCCGAGCCUCAAACGAAAGCCUCUCCAAACUGGAUGCGCCACUCACAGCUGGGGCAAAACAAUGUCAGUCAGCAUCCUCAAGCCUGUCAAUAUAUUUGGAUACUUCUGGCCAAUUCGACUACGAUUCCAAGGCCACUAAAAGAAGCACGGCAUGGGAUUUACCUUUUCUUGUCAGAAGCCCCGUUACUCCAACCGGAAGCUCAAGCACUUUAUUUUCACCUAGAAAGUGGCUUCAAAAGAAGCCAUCUCCAUCAUCCAUCCCUCAAUCAUACGCUGUAUGGAAAUCCGAGGGUGCCUUCACGUGGAACAGCAUGUCAGGGCGGAGCGUUCGUCUGAAGCCUGUGCCUCUCCAGAGCCUCUCAGAGCUGGAGAGAGUCCGCCUGCAGGAAGUGGCCUUCAGCAGGCUGCUCCAGGACGACAACCUGGGCUGCCAGAUCUCCAUCCCCAAAGAUGGUCAAAAGCGUAAGAAGUCCCUCAGGAGGAAGUUGGAUUCACUGGCCAAAGAGAUGAGUAAAGACAAAGAGUCAACGCCCCAGGCCUUCGGCAUACUGCUGUCGCAGGUGAUCUCUAACGAUCGCGCCCACAAGCAGCGUCAGGAGCCCCAGCGCGAGGAAAACCGUGACCCCAGUGACCUGGUGUCCUCCCUGCUACAACUCACCUCACGGAAGAGCACCAAAGACAAGGAGCUGUCCAGCAGCAACUCGUCUCUCAGCUCCACCUCUGAGACGGCCACUGAGUCACCCUCACCCAGCACACCCGAAGCACCACCACACACCCGCAGGAGGGGAGGAGUGUCUGUGGAUUGCAUCACUGACCUGGAUGACAAUCAGUCUCGCCUGCUGGAAGCCCUGCAGCUGUCCCUACCAGCCGAGACACCCAGCAACAGGAAGAAGCAGAGGGACAAGAAGCUUAGCCUCAACCCCAUCUAUAGACAGGUUCCCAGGGUGGUGGAGAUGUGCUGCCUGCAUCUGGAGAAAUAUGGUCUACAGACAGUUGGCAUCUUCCGUGUAGGGAGCUCAAAGAAGAGAGUGCGGCAGCUCAGAGAGCAGUGUGACCUGGGAAUGGAGGUCCAGCUGGACGAGGCUAACAGUGUCCAUGAUGUGGCCGCGCUGCUUAAGGAGUUCCUGAGGGAUAUGCCUGAACCCCUGCUGACCAGAGAGCUCUACACCGCAUUCCUCAACACCAUGUUACUGGACCAUCCAGACCAGGAGAGCACCAUCCAGCUACUGGUGUAUCUGCUGCCACCAUGCAACAGUGAUACCCUGCAACGCCUCCUGGAGUUCCUGGCCACGGUGACCGCCCACGCAGAGGACAGUCAGGACAGGGACGGACAUGAGAUCACAGGGAACAAGAUGACAUCACUCAACUUGGCCACCGUCUUUGGGCCCAACCUUCUACACAAGCAGAAGAGCUCGGACAAGGAGUUUACUGUUCAGAGUUUUGCCCGCGCCGAGGAGAGUACAGCCAUCAUUGGUGUGGUACACAGCAUGAUCACCACAUAUGAGACCCUCUUCAUGGUGCCGCCUGACCUGCAGAAUGAGGUUCUGAUGAGUCUACUAGAGACGGAUCCUGACGUGGUGGAUUACCUCCUGAGGAGGAAGGAUUCUCAGCACUCUGGUCCAGGCCCGCUGAGGACUGAGGAUCCCUUCUCUUUGAGGGAGAGGCGCUGCUCCAGUGACUCCAACAAGGCCUCCAGUGGGGAGUUGUCCCCCUAUGACAACAACUCACCAGUGCUGUCGGAGCGGCUGCUCUCCCAGCCCCAGGAGGACAGCAACCUCCUCUCUGAUAGGCUGUUCAGGGUUCCAGAGCAGUACACACUGGUUGGCCACGUCAAAGGUCGUCCUAGCAUCACCUGUCACUCACCAUCCACAGGCAAAGACACACACGAUGAACAUGUCUGGGGUGCCUGGCAUGCCUCUCUAAGGAAAGGGUUUAUGGAUCAUCACAUCACUGGUUCCCAUGGUGACGUUUCAGAACACGGCUCCUGCGGCUCAUCCGAGGGACUCGACCGUCACCAAGGUAACAACAGCAAGCUGCCUGUCAGGCGAACUUACACCUCAUUAGGUGUGCCUGAGUGCAGAGCACACCCCCCGGUGACUCGCUGCAGUAGUAGCCCUCUGACGGAGAGAGGGAAAAGACAGCAGGGUACAGACUCAUUAUUACAUCACCGACCACAGGGAAAACCAGGGGCCGGCAGCUCAGAGGACCUCGCGCUAAGGGGCGGAGUGUCACAGCCUGCCAGUCCCUCCUUCAGAGGCAGGCCUGGCGGCAGGGUGGAUGGAAGGCCUCCCCCUCCCUACCCUGGACCUCUCAGAGGAACACACAGAGAAUGUUCUCACUCCACACCUUCCCUCUCCCUCUCCACGCACCAGUGUGUGACCCCACAGAGCCCCCAACGGCCCCCCCAGGGCAGCUGCAGCCCCAGGAACCGGACUGUGGCCCCUAAGACCCCCUCCUCUAGUCCUCUGGAAGGAAAGGUGCCAGUCAGCCCGGAGUGGCAGAGAGAGAGUUGGCAGAUAUGGAAGCUAUUAUCAACAGACAACACAGACACACUACCAGAGACACUGGUGUGAUGCGUUGAAUACACCCACUAACUUUAACUACUGUGUUACCAAGGAGAGAGGAGGGAUGGGGGGGUUCCUGUAUGGUUAUGUUGAUAUGCUACUUACUGACAUGUGCCAAUUGUCUGUGAGUAAUGGUGUGUUUGUUUGUUAAUGUUGUUGUUUCACUGUCCUCAUGUGUUACCUACAAUUUUUUCAGAAGUUUGACUCCAACAUUUUGUCACUAAGACAUACCUGAACAGAGACACAAAUUAACAUCACUGAGAUGUGACUUUCAGAAUAUUUUAUGGGGCCGUAGUAACAAAAUACUUUAUUUUCAUACCAUGUCAUUUAUAUGUUUUAUAACUGAAUUUUUAUUCUACUCAGAAUAAUGGUGUAUGAAUGAAUCUGAAUGGAUCAGUACUAGCGGCUUCCGUACAAUGUUCAUUUUUAUAUUCUAAUAUCAUCCUAUGAGAUAAAAUGCUGAUAUUAUAACCAAAAUCAAAUACAAUUAUUGUAUUGAAACAUGACAUCAAGAGGUGUCUUUGUGCUAUUUCUCUGUUGGUGGAGCUGUUGCCAAACAAAUGAAAAUCCGUAGUUUUUUGUUACUGCCGUUACACUUAAAUGUGAUGUUUUGGUGUCUGGCUUUUACAACUAAUGUUCAUGGCCUUCUGUAACUGAUUGUAAUAGUCAUCCGAACACAACUUUAGCUGAUUGUAGUAGUCAUCCAUUCACUCAUCCAAACACAGCUGUAACUGAUUCUAAUAGUCAUCCAUUCACUCAUCCAAACGCAGCUGUAACUGAUUCUAAUAGUCAUCCAUUCACUCAUCCAAAUGCAAGUGUAACUGAUUCUAAUAGUCAUCCGUUCACUCAUCCAAACGCAAGUGUAACUGAUUCUAAUAGUCAUCCAUUCACUCAUCCAAAUGCAAGUGUAACUGAUUCUAAUAGUCAUCCGUUCACUCAUCCAAACGCAAGUGUAACUGAUUCUAAUAGUCAUCCAUUCACUCAUCCAAACACAGCUGUAACUGAUUCUAAUAGUCAUCCAUUCACUCAUCCAAAAGCAAGUGUAACUGCCAUCCAUUUGUUUUUAUUAUGAUGGGGAAAAUGAAACUUGAAUAUACAGAACAUUAUGAAUGUAAUUUCCCAAUAUUCAAGAUAGAACCAAAGUAUCUUAGUUUGUUCUUGAAUGCCACCGUUAUGAAAUGUACCAAGUUUUUUCUGCUCCCACAUCUUAAGGGGAAAUGAAGGUACUGUACUAAUAUAUAAGUCAUUACUUUCACUAAGAAUUUUGUUGUUUGAAUAUUUGCUGGCAAAUCUUCCCACUGGGCACACACUGGUUGAAUCAAAGUUGUCUCGACGUCAUUUCAAUUAAAUUAGGUUGAACCAACGUGGAAUAGACGUUGAAUUGACGUCUGUGCCCAGUGGGUUGCUUGUUUGUCCGGAGUAAACAUUAGGCCUUAUGAUCUGUUCAGUAAAAAUGACAGUUCAUGUCUCUGAUAUGAGGUUGCUAGCAAUGCUAAUAAGGCUUUUUCAUUUUCACGUUGAUUUAACAUUACAUUACAUGCUAAUAGUAAUGCUUUUGUACCUUGUGCCUCAUCAGUAUUUUCAUUGCAAUUAAGCUGCUUUCAUUCUGUAUAUUGCCAGCUUGAACCCUUCAGCCUGAUUGUUUUACUGUAUGUGCAUUUUCCUUUGACUUCCGUGAUGGAUGUAAUGGGAUAUUAGUAUUUUUAUCGUUUUGUUAUCAUCUGUAAAACUAUGCAUAGAAAAUGACGUGAAAAGUUGUGUGGCAAUAACCCCUUACUCUCUUUGAAAAAGCCUUUUAACUUCUACUUCAGAAUUUUGUCAGUAUCCUCCAACUACUACAAUGCUUGAUUUCUUCUUGCUCUUAAUUCUUAUGUUCCCAUUCUGUGUAAAGGGAAGUCAGGAACAAUGUAAGGGGUUCAUUCUCUAAUGAACUGGAGCGGAAGGUGGCUGUUUUGGCAGCUCCUCAGACUCCAUAAAGAUUUAAUUCUGGCACAUUUCAACACGGUAAUGAAGUGCAAGAGCCAGAGCUGUCUGGCCUUCAGAGAACUCUCUCACUAACCAGGAAGUGGAACAGAGGGUCCCAGACAUAGCCACAGGGAGUUCACCUAUCCUCUCCCGGACUGGACCACAGGCAAACUCGCUUCCUGAUUACUGCCUAAUCUUUUUAUGACCAACUUUAAAAGUCCAAUGCAGCUGUUUUUAUCUCAAUAUCUUGGGGUAACAACCUUACUGUGAUUGUUUUCAAUUAAAAUGGUCAAAAAGAAGCCAAAAUAGCUUGUUAGCAAAUAGAAAUGUAUCACAAUAA